UUGAGUUCCUGUCCUUAACCAGCAUGAGCGUGAGUGCCUCUUCAAAAUUUAGGACACAGAGAUCAAAUCAGACAGACUGAAAGAAACCAAAUGAAUGAGAGAGAAAAAGGCUGAGCAAGAGCACCAAAUGUCUGUAUGGGUGGAGUGAUGGUAGAACCCAGAGAUCUGAGAGUAAAGCAUUAGUAUUUAGAGUAUUUUUGGUGUCAUGGUUUUGGGUUUCUCUUUGCUUGUGAGCAGUCUUUGUAAUGGAGACAUGGCAAAAGGACACAUGACUAGAACUUUGCACCUUUUUACUAUGGAGCAGUAGCACUUUUUUCACUGAAACCAACCUGCAUAGUUUUUUUUUUGGUCAGGUGUUGCGCCUGUGUUGUUUGGGUAGGUAAGCUUUUCUUGUUCUGCUUGUGAGGAAUGUAUCUUGAUGACAAACUUUGCUCAUCACUUCUUCGCACUUAAUAUGACCCGUGGACCUUGACUUGGACAACAUAAGGUUUGUAAACUGCAUUAUUUAACAGAGUUUUGCAGUGGCAAGAUGACUGUUCCUUUUGAAAUCAUCACAAUUACAGCUACGUUUAAACUGCUGUUUUACAUUAUAUCAUCACCAGGGAUAACAGGACAAAUAGUUACUGGGGAAGUGGUUUUCAGAUAAAUCACAUUUCCUAAAAAUCGAUUUCUUUUCGGAGAAUAAUGGGGAAACAAAUGAACCACUUGUUAUUGUAUCUGGUUGUUUGAUAAGUUAUAGCUGCAGAGGUUUUCAUCUUUUCAUGCUAGCUCUGCUAAAAAUGACGUUCUUCAAAAAUUCGACCGAUCAUCAGCAGCAGUUACAUGCAUAAAAGAGGAUAUCAGCAUCAACUACACUUCAAUUGUGUGAAGGAAGUGAUUGGUUUCAACACUAUUUUAGAUGACUGUUGAUUCUGACACAUGUCUGAAUCUUAACUAGCACUCUACGUGUGGCACACUGGAUAUAUCUCAUCUAUCAUGGCAACAGCUAGACGUUCGAGUCAAACUCCUGACACUUCUCAAUCCAUGUCCCAGCCCCCCACCAGCGCGGACCGUAAACUUCUUGAUAAAGUUCUCAGGAGACUCGACAAACUGCAUAAACUGAGCACUGACCCCAGGCUGGGUCUUAAAAACAGCCCGCCGUACCUUCCCGAACUAGUGUCAGAGACCUCCAUCCACCUGACAGAAGUAUGGGCUCCCUACAGGGGGUCCAUGAUGGCCGUGCCACGGGGGGACGAGGGUGAUUAUCUGAGGAUCCAUAUUCGACACUUGCUGGACAAGGCAGAUAGAGCUGUGCUGCUGUUCAAGGAUGGCAAGGAGAAGAUGUUUGAAGAGACAUCAAGCUACAGGAGAAAUCUUACCAAGUUGUCACUCCUCCUCAGCCACAUGUUGAAUGAACUACAAACUUUGUUUCCCGGGGGAAGAUUUCAGGGUGAUACUUAUAGAAUUACAAAGACAGAGGCCAAAGACUUCUGGAGGAAAGCCUUUGGACACAAAUGUAUAGUGCAGUGGAACAUUUUUAAACAGCAGCUGAGGAGGGUUCAUUACUUUGAAGAGGGAAUGGAGGCCAUGGCUUUGAAGUCCACGGUUGAUCUCACUUGUAAUGAUCACAUAUCAAUCUUUGAGUUUGAUAUAUUCACCAGGCUUUUUCAGCCCUGGUCAACUUUGUUAAGAAACUGGAAUCAUUUAGCAGUAACUCACCCAGGAUACAUGGCGUUUCUCACCUAUGACCAGGUCAGGGUCCGACUAGAGCACUACAGACAUCGUCCUGGCAGCUACAUCUUUCGUCUCAGUUGCACACAAAUGGGUCAGUGGGCGAUUGGUCAUGUGACCAGUGAUGGCAGUAUUGUGCAAACCAUUCCCCAAAAUACACCUCUCUACCAAGCACUCAUACAAGGUUUCAGGGAGGGCUGCUACUUAUACCCUGAUGGGCGUGAUGUGAACCCUGACCUCACCAGCCUGUGCAGUCCAACUCACAAGGGUCGAAUCAAAGUCACUGAAGAGCAGUAUGAAUUAUACUGUGAGAUUGGCAGCACAUUUCAGCUCUGCAAAAUCUGCACAGAACGAGACAAGGACACUCGCAUUCAGCCCUGCGGCCAUCUGCUGUGUCAACCCUGCUUGACUGGCUGGCAGAAGUCAGACGGGCACACAUGCCCCUACUGCCGCUGUGACAUCAGAGGCACAGAGUCCAUCCUCAUUGAGCCCUACCUGCCAACCAGAGACAGGAGGGCAGGGGAGAAGGAGGAAGAGGAGGACGAUGAAGAUGAGGAGGAGGAUCAUGAGGAUGUAGAGCUGGUGCUGAAAAAACUGGCUUGUAUGAAAAAGGUGAGAAUUUCUCAGGAGGAGUAUCAAGUUCCCCGUUCCAGUCUGUCACCUCCUCCCCUUCCUCCUAAAAUACAUUCACUCUCCCCUUGUCCAUCUCCCAAACCACCCUCCAAAUCCUUGAGCAUAGGCACACAGAAAGUCAAACACGGUUCCUGGUCAGAAAACAUGCUGAGACAAACUUCCUCAGAUAGAAGCGAGGAACUUUUGGAAGAAUUCCGUCCCUCCUCUUUGCCAUAUGUCAGACACAGUGGGGUGUCCUGGGAAGGGCCUUCAGAACGUGUAAAAAUGAAGAGGAGAGCGAAAAGAAGGGACAAGGAAGAAGAAGAUCACGACAGAGGUGUUGCGGAUUCCGCAUCUCCCUCAUAAAGUCACAUUCAUGGGGAGAUGGAAGGAAACACUUCAUCCUGACAGCAAAAUUCACCUCAGACUUCAGACUGUAAAGUAUAUUGGCCAGACAAAGCAACUGUGUGAUAUCGGAAACAAUGGACAACCACAGUUAUUCAAAGGACUCAGUAAUCACCAGAUUCGGAACAUGUACUGUAUGUAGGAAUGUAAGUUAAAUUGAACUUUGCAUUGACAGCAAAAAACAUGCAUCUUACUGCUCACACCUUUUUAACACAUUUUAAAUUCUACCUCAUGGCUACUACAUUUUUAGAGAACAAGCACUGUGUUUUGACAG